AUGCGGGACAAAGGAUUUUCAGCUCAAGGCCCGAUCUUCUGCAUUUAUUCCAUUUUUGUAACAUUGCACCUCGUUUAUGGAGAUCUGAGCUAUUCCUUUCCCGAGGAGAUGAAACGAGACUCAGUGAUUGGAAAUAUAGCCAAGGAUCUCGGUUUUGAUUUGAGGACUUUAUCUUCCCGGAAGGCUCGUAUUAAUUUUGAGGGCACUCAUAAGCGUUACUGUGAUAUUAAUCUGAGAACGGGGGAUCUGAUCACAUCGGAGAGAAUCGACAGAGAAAGCCUUUGUGCCAAGAAACCUUCAUGUGUUGUGCAAGUGGAUCUGGUGUUAGAAAAUCCUUUAGAGCUUCAUCGUGUAAGUCUUCAUAUACAAGACGUGAACGACAACUCGCCAAAAUUCAAAAAGAAUUUGAUUGAGAUGGAAAUACGCGAGUCGGCAGACAGAGGUAACCGCUUCUCAAUAGAGCAGGCCCGUGACGCAGAUAUUGGUCAAAAUGCUGUGCAAAGGUACGAGCUUCAAAAGAACGACAACUUUAUUCUGGCUGUUGAUAGCAACAAGGUUGAACUCGUACUGGAAAACACUCUUGAUAGAGAGAAACAAAGCGAGAUGAAUUUACUUCUCACAGCUUUGGACGGUGGAUCUCCUCAGAGAUCCGGCACCGUAGUCAUACACGUCACUGUGCUGGAUGCUAAUGAUAACGCCCCAGUGUUCAGCCAGGCUGUUUAUAAGGCCAGUCUGCCUGAAAACUGUCCUUUAGAUACAACAGUGAUUAAAGUCAGUGCGACAGACGCAGACGAAAGACUGAACGGAGAUGUAACGUAUGACUUAAGUCACGUGUCUGACGACGACAUAAAUGUAUUUUCCAUUGAUCCUAAAACGGGAGACAUUAAAGUAACUGCUAUGAUUGACUUUGAAGACAGAAAUUCUUUUGAAAUGAGAGCAGAAGCGAAAGAUGGUUUAGGUCUAACUUCUUAUGCCAAAGUGUUAAUAGAUGUAACUGAUGUAAAUGAUAACCCCCCAGGGAUAUUUGUAAAAUCACUCACUAACCCCACACCGGAGAACGUGCCAACUGGUACAGAGGUGGGCAUCAUUAAUGUUCAGGACAAAGACUCCGGGAAUAACGGGCAGGUCCGCUGUUCGAUCCAGCAGGGACCCCGUACCUUGCUGUAA